GAGAGAGAGAAAAAAGGCCUUGUGAGUCAUGUGUAAAAUCGAAAAUGAAAGUUAGUUCCGUCCUAACUUCCGGUCGGAGGAGGCUGCCGCGGCUCUGCAGUUCUGUACACCAAUAUGUCUUUCUUCAAAAUUCCGGGAGGAACAAAAACACAGGUUUUCUCAAUCAAUGAAAGUAGGAAAUUCUUGGAUGUCCAAAGUAAGAUUGAGGAACGGUUGAAGAAACGCGUUCAGCUCCAUCAAGUGGAUUCAGAGGAUUAUUGUGAUGUCAUCAUGGCUUUUGUACCCAUUGUGUCCCGGGCUGGAACAGACAUUGCAGCUGCUCUUCGAAAUAUUCCAACAAAUCGGCCUGUCAUCCUCGUGGUGCUCCACCACACGUUUGAUGAAAAUCACAUUGCACCACAGAGCAAAGGGUGUGUGGAUAGGGAUGGUGUAUUUGCCGUAGACUUCCUCUGUCAUGAAGAUAAGGGACUGCUGGAAUGCUUGACCAAUGAGGAGGCACUGAAAUCCGUCAGUGAUUAUCUGGUCUCUAUGGACCCCAGUACCCCGCUUAUACCAGUUCAUCCACGGCCAUCCCAAAGAUGCUGUAUCUGUUUGGGUGUCUCUGCUUUUGUUGUUGUUGUUGUUGUUGUUAUUGGGCUAGUUAUUCCCUUUCUCAUUCCGAAAAGUGACGGACAUGGUGACACUCAAACUACGGUGAUACCUCCUAUAACUGUAACUACACAUCAGUCUAACAUAACUGUAACUACACAUCAGCGUAACAUAACUGUAACUACACAGCAGUCUAAGAUAACUGUAGCUACACAGCAGCGUAAGAAACGAUCCCUUCAGAGAGGCCGAGGCUAAUUCAUUAGUUUGGUGAACACCCAAGACUGUUGGGUUCGAGAUGAAAAGAUGGAGAUGAAACGAGAGUUUAGGAUUUCAGCUUUUAUUUCCUGGUGUUUACAUCUAGACGUGUUAAACAUAAAACAUACAACCUUUUGUAUCAGACCACCCACUUUUUAGGUGAGCAAAAGUAUAGGAACAGAUAAGUCUUGAAGUAAAUGAAAGUAAAUAACACUUAACAUUCGGCUGCGUGUCCCUUGCUUGAAAAAACUCAUCAAACUGCAUCAGUCCUGUGACUCACUGACACUUGUGUUGCUUCUCCAGGUUUCUCCUGCAGUUUCUUUCAGUAGUUGUGUGUUUCGGGGGUUUCUCCCUUCAGUCUCCUCUUCAGGAGGUGAGAUGAUCAGUUGGGUGAAGGUCUGGUGAUGGACUUGUCCAGUCUAAAACCUUCCACUUUCCCCCUGAUGAAGUCCUGUGUUAGGGUGGAAGUGUGUUUUGGAUCGUUGUCUCGCUGCAUGAUGAAGUUCCUCUGAUUCAUUCGGAUGGAUUUCUCUGAAAUCUGCAGACAGAAUGUUCCUGUACAGUUCUGAAUUCAUUCUGCUGCUCCAUCAUGAGUUCAUCAAUAAAGAUCAGUGAGAAUGUUCCAGAAGCAGCCAUGCAAGUCCAAGCCAUGACACUACCUCCACCAUGUUUCACAGAUCAGCUUGUAUGUUCUGGAUCAUGAGCAGAUCCUUUCUUUCUCCACACUUUGGACUUUCCAUCACUUUGGUAGAGGUUCAUCUUGUUCCAGAACUUUUGUGGAUCAUCUCUGUAUUUCUUUGCCAAUUCCAAUUUGACUUUCUGACUCGUACUGCUGAUGACUGGUUUGCAUCUUGUGGUACGGCCUCGAUAUUUCUGCUCUCGAAGACUUCUUCAAAUGGUGGCUUGUGAUGCCUUCAAUUCUGCCCUGUGGAGCUUGUUGGUGAUGUCACUGACAGUUGUUGUUGGGUUUUUCUUCACAGCUCUCUGUCAUCACCUGCUGUUGUUUUCCUUGACUGACCCGUUCGGUGUCUGUUCCUCAGUACACCAGCGGUUUCUUUCAUUUUCAUGACAUUCCAAAUUGUUGUAUUGGCUUUACCCAGUGUUUCUGCAAAGGCUUUGAUUGAUUUUCCCUCUUUCCCAGCUUCAAAAUGGCUCGCUUUUCUCCCCUAGACAGCUCUCCGAUCUUCAUGUUGGCUUAUCCUUUAUAACAACAUAUGCAGUCUUCACAGGUGAAACUGAAGAGUAGAUGUUCAGAGCUAUUUAUUGUUUAAACAGUCGAUCUAACAGGACACGCCUGGGGAACAAGAAACACCCGUCAGUCAUGUGUUCCCAUAUUUUUGCUCCCUUACAAAUUGGGUGGUCUGAUACAAAAUGCGCUAUGUUCUGUAUCUAUAUAUAAAUACCAGGAAAUAAAAGCUGAAAUUCUAAACUCUCUUCUCAUAUUCCUCUUUUAAUCUCAAAACCAAACGUCUUCACUCUACAGCAAAAAAAAAAUGAAUUGGCUUCGCCGUUCCAAUAUUUUUGGAGGGGGACUGUAACUGUGACUAUACAGCAGCUUAAUAUAAUGGUAAUAAACAUUAACUUAACGUACUGCCGAAUAAACAGCGGCCUAAUAUAACUCUAAUUAUACAGCAGCCUGACAUAAUGGCAACGAAAUAGCAACGUAAUCUAACUAUAACUGCACAACAAACAUAAAAUAAACACUAAUCUUUCUUCUAAAUACUUUUUAAAAUUUCAUCAAUUCUUUUGAAUCAGCAUCAUUUUCAUUACAGUAAAGAACUUUUCCUUUCAAACCUUACGAGUAUUUUGACAUCAAUCAUUCUGCAAUCAUCCUAACAUAUACUUUAUAUACAUAUAAAGGAUUCUUUGAUUAAUAAAGGUUUCAUGUAGAACCUUACAACAGAGAUUUUCUGUUUCUGAGAGGGUUCUUGGUUGAACCACUGUUAGGGUGUAGUAAAUGAAGAAUUGCUUACGCAAAACUAGUAUGACUUGAUAUUACCUUGUAAUUGUUCAUAAGUUUAAGAUUACCUCCACUAUAUUUAAUGUUACUCCACUAUAUUUUGUAGUUUCUAUAUUUAAUGCUUAUUAAAUGCACAGAACAUUAAAAUCGGAAACGAAGUCUGACAAGAAUGUAACAGAAUAUAACAAGACUGAAUCUGUGUGUAAAGACUUCAUGAAUGUUUGUUUCUAAUCAAUAAAAUUAUCAUACGCUUAUGCUAAAUGGUAAUGUGAUGUUUGUGAAAAUAAAACAAAUAAAAUAAAAAAUAAAAACCUUUA